AUGAACAUACAGUUUUCUCGGGUAGCACUUCAACCGGGUGAAAAAAGAUCGGCUCAAUUAGCAUAUUUUAAUCAUGAAGAAAAUCUUCAACAGGCAAUACACACCUUAUUUCAAGAUAAAACAUUCGAUGUACCAUCACCAAAACUGAUCAUUACGUUAGAAGGUGGAUCGCAGACAAGUGGCGAACGAUCGAAUGAUUUUAAUGAAAAGCAAUUUUCAGCAUCAGUAGCCAAACUACUCUUGGAUAUAGGACAAAACAAACUAAAUGAUCAAAAUGGUACUCCAUGGUUAUUUACUUCUGUUCGAUAUGAUCCCGUUGCUGGUCGUAUUAUUCAAAUAGCAAAACAACAGUAUCUAGCCCAUGACAUACCAUUAUCAAAUUUUGUUAACAUCGGUAUUGACGUUUGUGAAUCAACAUCAGUGAAUUCUGGUUUACACGAUUAUCGAUCGAUCGUUCAUGCGAUUCGAAGUACAAAUGUCGAUCUCAUACCAGAUGGGUGUAGUAACUCUAAUCGCAUCGUAAAUAAACGACUAUCACAUUUGAUUCUAUAUGGAAAAUCGAACGAAGAUCCUAUUGACCGAUAUGCCAUAUUACAACAGUGCAUUGAUGAAAUAAACCAAAGACAUGAAAAAAGCACAAAUGACAAGUUAAGUAUAUCAAAAAUGAUAUUAUUAUACGGUGGUGAUACAAAUCAUAUUGAACCACUCCAUCGAUUAAUGAAUGUGCAAAGUCAAAACAAAAAGUUUAGUUUGAUCAUUAUUCGGGGCUCUGGAGGUUUAGCGGAUAUUCUUGCUUGGAUAUUCGAAAAGAUUCGAAACGGUGGUUUGAUGUAUGUGUAUAACUCCAAUCGAAAGUCAUUAACUUCGAUGUUUCUUCGAGAACUGAAAGUACUUGUCGAGCAAUUACUGUGUAGUGAUAUAACCAACGAUUUAAUUAUGUUGACUAAUUAUUUAACAUCAACACGAUGUGAAAAAGUUUGUGUCUGUGAUGAGAAUGAUGAUCUAUCGCUAUAUUUUCUUGAGGCUUUGAUUGCUGAAAAUCAAACAGAACGUUUAUCUUCGUUGAAACUACACCUAUCAUUAGCUUUUGAUCUAAAUCAACCAAAAUUCGCUAGUAGAAUACUACGAUAUAAUCAAGAUCUUCCAGAAGAGGAUGUCAUUCAAUUAGCUAAAAUGGCUAUUAUUCGAGAUCAAGUGGAAUUUUUCCACGUGUUAGAAGACGUUUGCGGUGUAACAUCGGAUAAUCUCGGAGAGAACUUCGAUCGUGAAUUGAGUUCGAAAAUGAACUACAACCACGCUUUGUUUCUUGAAUACAUUCAACAAGAUUUCGGUUGUGAUCUUGACGAAAUGUAUCAACCGAUAGGCGAAUCCAGUGAACAUACAGAAGACGAAAUUCAUUCAAUUAAUGUCAAGCUAUUUCUAUGGGCGAUCUUUUUUGAUCAUUAUAAUCUAUCAUUGCAUUUCUGGAAACGUUUGAAUGAUCGAUUAUGUGCUGCUCUUGUUGCUGCACUUGUGUAUCGUCAAACUGCUGAUUUGUGUGUGAAACGUAGUUCGACCGAGAGUAUCACUGUGGAAAAACUUCGAAAGCAUGCUGAUGACUACGAAAACUUGGCAAUACGUUUACUUCAAUCUCUUUAUACCAGCAAUCCAGAUAUGGCGAGACUGGCGAUCAAAAGAGAGAAUUAUGAAUUUAAUAAGUUUUCAUCACUUGAAAUUGCAAUUAUGUCAAAUAGUGAAAAUUUUGUUGGGCAUACAUGUGUACAAGAAGUAUUCGAUAUCGUUUGGUUGGGUAAAUCCAACGAUAACUCAAAGAAGAAAUCAUUUGAUCGAAUACUAACGGGUGCAACUUCUUCGUUUGGACAAGCGACAAAAUCAAUUGCAGUUACAGAUUAUAAAAACGUGUUGAAAUAUUUCCUAACAAUUAAACACCACUUAUCACGUCCACAAGUGAAAUAUCACUUACAUUUCUUAUUCUACCUGAUCUUUCUAUCUCUACUUUCGUACUUGGUUUUGUUUGUAAAAAUACCUUUACUUCAAGUUGACGAAGCAUGUUUAGAGACACAAUGUUUCAAACAAUCAUGGUCAAUGUUACAGAUAAUAAUUAAUAUCUGGAUAUUUAUGUUCGCGCUCGAAGAAUUUCGACAAGCGAAAGCAUUAAAGACAAAAGAAAAUGGGAUUCGACAAACGUUCAUCGUCUAUCUCAGCGAAUCGUGGAACAAGCUCGACGCCCUGUGCGUCACUUUGUAUGUCGUAUCGAUUGUUCUUGAAUGUUUUAAUACAAAACUCACUUUGAAUGCUGCAAGAGCUUUUCUUGCCAUUGAUGUUGUACUUUGGUUUAUCCGAUUAUUAAUUUUGUUGAUGAUUGAUCGAACGGUUGGCCCGAUGCUUCUUAUGAUUCAAGCAAUGCUUAGUGAUAUGGUUACGUUUUUCUCAAUAUUCUUCGUGUUUACUUCGGCAUAUGGUGUUGCUUCGUUUGCAUUAUUGAAGAGUGGACAAUUAUCUUUAGAUUUGACAUUAUUUCGAAAAAUUUUUCAUCAAGCUUACUGGCAUGUCUAUGGUGAAAUCAAUGAUCUAGAUGAUAUCAAAGAUAAUUUUGAAUUGACUGGAUGGGCUGCUUUUGUCUUACUCGCCUUCUAUAUGGCUAUCAGUAAUAUCCUACUCGUUAAUCUAUUAGUAGCUAUGUUUUCAAAUACAUUCGAUCGCAUGUUUGCAAAAAUGGAUACUCUGUGGAAAUUCAAUCGGUAUUAUGUCAUCAAAGAAUAUACAAUCCUUUCUCCAUUGCCACCACCAUUGAAUCUAUUCCAUACUAAAAACCAUCAUUUAAAACCAUUUAAUCCUGAGUUAUCACAGGAGCAAAUGAUCACCUUACAACGACGUGAAGCAUUGGCUUAUGCAAGUGACUUGUUUGAACAUGAGACUAAAGAGAAGCAAACAGAUAUAGACCAUCGCGAAAAGAUUGAUUCACGUCUACAUCAACUGAGAAAAAUGCUAACUCGUGUGAAAGUCACUUGCGAAGCAGCAGGACAAGAUGUUGAAGUGUAA